AUACAAAGAACAAGAAGAUCUGACUUGAGAUUGACUUGAAAAACUGAGUUCUGCGAAGAGCUCUUGUUCUUGAAGAUUCUGCAGUUGCGCUCUUGCCAUAUGUGGUAGAUGGUUGCUGCGAAGGCAAGCUUGGAAUUAAUUUGACAGUUGAAAUAGAGAAAAAACGAGCGAAGCAGAGCAAGAGAGUAAAGUACAGUGAGUAGCGACCAAAUAUUCGGUCCGAAUGUCGUCGUCGUCGCCGCCGAGAGUGACAGUGACUCAGCGAGAACAAUGGAUGACGGAGAACCAGGUUUUUCAAAUGUACCAACCUUUCUUCAACCUACCACCCAAAUCCCAAGCCGUCAUGUUGGAGCUUCAACGUGAUAAGCACAUAGAGUACCUCACCAAUGGUCUCAGACAACUCAGUCCCGCCUUUUCCUCCUUGGAUGCCAAUCGGCCUUGGCUUUGCUACUGGAUCAUUCAUUCAAUUGCUCUAUUGGGGGAGUCUCUUGAUGCUGAAUUGGAAAGUAAUGCCAUUGACUUCCUAAAUCGUUGUCAGGAUCCAGAUGGCGGAUAUGGUGGAGGACCUGGACAGCUGCCACAUCUUGCAACAACUUAUGCUGCAGUCAAUUCACUUGUAACUUUGGGUGGUGACAGAGCGUUGUCAUCAAUUAAUAGAGGUAAACUAUACACAUUCUUGCUGCAAAUGAAACAUCCAAGUGGGGGAUUCAGGAUGCAUGAUGGUGGAGAAGUUGAUGUUCGUGCUUGCUAUACUGCCAUUUCUGCUGCAAGCAUUCUGAACAUUUUGGAUUAUGAACUUGUAAAAGAUGUUGGAAAUUACAUCUUGAGCUGUCAGACCUAUGAGGGAGGCAUUGCUGGAGAGCCUGGUUCUGAAGCUCAUGGUGGGUACGCCUUUUGUGGGUUGGCCACGAUGAUUCUAAUCAACGAGGUUAAUCGUUUGGACUUGACUAGUUUAAUUGACUGGGUUGUGUUUAGACAAGGGUCGGAGGGUGGAUUUCAAGGGAGAACAAAUAAAUUGGUCGAUGGCUGCUACUCCUUUUGGCAGGGAGGAGUUUCUGCAUUGAUACAAAGAUCAUGUUUCGCUGAUGAACAAUUGCUGCUGUCGGAUACUGAAGGAGCCUGCAGUACAGAUAGCACACAAUCUGUAGCAUCUGAUUUGUCUGAAGGUGAACAAGGCUUGGAAGGGACUUCAUCUCAUGCUAAUGAAACUUGCUGUUCCAGGCAGGAAGGAGAACAGAAUGUUUCUGAUCCGGUAAAUUUGUUCAACAUUGGUUUUGAUUUUAUUAAAGGACGUUCUAAAAUGGAACCUCUUUUCAACAGCAUUGCUUUGCAACAAUAUAUUCUUCUGUGCUCUCAGCUGGACAACGGAGGAUUCAGAGACAAACCGGGGAAGAAUAGAGAUUACUACCACACUUGUUAUUGUCUAAGCGGCCUAGCCGUGUGUCAGUACAGCUCGUCAAAAGAUGCUGAUUCUCCACCUUUGCCCAGGACAGUAAUGGGCCCUUAUUCCAAUCUAUUGGAACCCAUUCAUCCCCUCUUCAAUGUCGUCUUAGAUCGGUUUUACGAGGCACAUGAAUUCUUCUCAAGGCCUUAGGCCAAUUAUUAGUGUUGGUAGUUUUGUUAAGUUUAAAGAAGGGGGCAUGAAUGCUGCAAAUCUGUAAUAUGAGACUAAUAUUCAUAUGAUCUUGUGACCAGAAUGAGUUAUAAGUGGGGCAUGCCCUCUAUUACUGCAGGAAGUUAGUUCGGCCUCCUGCUUGUAUCAAGAGAAAUUAGAACAGUUGUUUCAGAUAUUGCACAAUAUAUAUUGUUGACAAUUUUACUAACUCUUCUUCUGAUGUUUGAAGCUUUGUUGUUGAUAGUAAACACCAAAAAAAAAAAAAAAAAAAA